UCCAUGUCUCCCUAAUCGCACUAUAAAUUACGUGCAAAACAUGUGGCUAUGCACUCAGGGCUUCAACAAACGGAUAAGUUGAAAUGGAAGUGAAGAAUAAACACGUUGUGAUAAAGCAUCAAUUUGAAGAUGCACCCAAAGAGUCCAAUUUUGAGAUCAAAACAGGGGUUUUUUCUCUCUCAGUUGAGCCAGGAUCUGAUGAUAUCAUCGUGAAGAAUCUCUGCAUUUCUAUUGAUCCAUACCAGAUUAACCGCAUGAAGAGCUUUAGCUCUUCCCAUCAUACUAUAAGCUUUGCAGAGCCCAUAACUCCAGGCGAGGCUAUUGAUGGUGCUGUUAUUGGGAAAGUUGUGGCUUCUGGGAAUGCUAAGUUUCAGAAAGAUGAUUUGGUUUUGGGGGUAUUCACCUGGGCAGAGUACAGUUUGGUCAAAGAAGGGAACAUAAUAAAGAAAAUAGAGUCAUCUGAAUUUUCACUCUCAUAUCAUCUUGGAGUUCUGGGAUUCAAUGGACUAUCAGCCUAUGCGGGGUUUUUUGAACUGUGUAAACCCCUAAAGGGUGAAAAGGUAUUUGUUUCAGCUGCUUCUGGAGCAGUUGGAAAUUUGGUUGGCCAAUAUGCAAAGCUUUUAGGUUGCUAUGUUGUUGGCUGUGCAGGGAGCCAGAAAAAGGUGGCAUUGCUUAAAGAAAAGCUUGGAUUUGAUGAUGCAUUCAACUAUAAGGAAGAAAAAGAUCUAAACUCCACUCUUAAAAGGUAUUUUCAUGAUGGAAUUGACAUAUAUUUUGACAAUGUUGGAGGAGAGAUGCUGAAUGCAGCAAUUGCUAAUAUGAAAGCAUUUGGAAGAGUGGCAAUUUGUGGGGUAAUCUCUGAGUACACUGAUGAUACAAAGAGGGCUUCACCAAACAUGUUGAACAUUGUGUACAAGAGAAUCAACAUUAGAGGAUUUUUGGCUGCUGACUUUCUGAAUGUCUUUGAAGAUUUUUCUGCAAAAACUUCGGAUUACCUUCGCACAGGGAAGUUGAAGGUGAUUGAAGACGUGUCAUCGGGCGUGGAGAGCAUUCCUUCUGCUUUUGUUGGACUCUUCAAUGGGGAUAACAUUGGGAAGAAAAUUAUAAAUUUAGCAGAAGAGUGAUCAAGGUGAUGAUGAACUUGAUCUUUGAGAAUAACAUUGUUGUUUGGUUGAUAGAAGAUGGGGAGGUUGAAAAUUCAAAAAUGCAUUGCAAAAGGCUUCGAAGUUACACCUGAUUUUAACUUUUCCAUGCAUAACAAGAAUAAAAUUUAUUCCCAGUUUUACAAUUUCA